CACUUCUGUUGACGCAUGACCAAUGUAUCACAUUAUGAUAAGGAAGUGACAUUUAGAGACAUCAUGCACAACUGUGCACGCUAUCUCAUCUUCUUUCAAUACAUUGGAACAAAAUACAGUGGUGUAGUGAAAGUGCCUCAACAUGAUGUUCUUAAGAAAGGGGUCCAGGACCACUUGGAGGAUGCAAUAAGGAGGCUGAAGCCAAUCAACCCAGUGUCUCUGUCAGUUUCCAGCAGGACAGACAGUGGCGUCCACGCCCUCUCUAACUCCGCUCACUUUGACCUCCAACGCAAGAACGAUAAGCCGCCAUUUGCCGAAGACAUUAUUGUUCUGGCUCUUAAUAACCAUCUCAAAGAAGAGCAGAUUGGAAUCACCCGUGCCCUCCGUGUGCCUGAUAAUUUCCAUGCCCGUUUCCGUGCCAAUUCUCGGACCUACGUAUACCGGAUCGCGCUGGGAAUCUCCCACCACUCUCUGCUUCCCUUCACAGAGCGCGAUCUCUGCUGGAACCUCAGAAACACGGAGCUGGAUGUGGGAGCCAUGCGCGAGGCUGCCACCCUGCUGGUUGGGACUCAGGACUUCAGCACCUUCAGGGCAGUCAGCUCUGACAUCCAUUUGAAAAAUCCCGUGAAGACACUUGAUGUGGUCAGCAUACAACCAGGAAGAUCCUUCGUACACACACAUUUCCACAGAGAAAUACCAUUCUGGGAGAUCACGUUUACAAGCAGAUCGUUCCUCUAUAAGCAGGUGCGCAGGAUGGCGGGGGCCCUGGUGGCUGUAGGGCGGGGGAGGCUCUCAGUGCCCCAGCUGAAGGAGAUACUGUUGGCUAGGGACUCGCUCGCUUACCCACAAGCCAUGGUGGCUCCACCUGACGGCCUCUUCCUCACCAGGGUGGACUACAGAGAGACAGACCUGCAGUUUUCACAACAGACGUCAGAGGAGCAAUGCAUCUCCAGUGGAAACUCAGAGGAAUAAUGAUUGUUUAUAAUUUCCGUAAUGCUGUAUGCAAUGUUUGUAAUAAAGUUUUGAAUGUGUA